AUGAAAACGGCACCGGUAGUUGGUAGAUAUGUUUGGAAUACUGUUGAGUUCCUUCUGAACCCAACGUAUUUUCUCCAAUUACUACUCAUUUCCUGUUGUUUUACAACCUCUGUUAGAUCAGAUCUCCUAGUGCAGCCAGUGAUCCUUUCCUCUGUCAACUAUGAUGAUUAUUCGUUACUAUGUGCGGAGGGGAUCCCUUUAUUGAUGGAGGACCAUCGUCCUAGAACCUGCCAUCCAAAGCCUUGGUUAGAGAAUCAGAAAUGCCCUCGUGGGUUCUGGUGUCAUCACGGAGAAGAAGCUGCCACGUAUUAUUGUUGUCCAGAGAGUCGGAAAUUUAAAAACUAUUGUCAUCUACCACCUGCAACCGGAUUUGGUCAACAAUCCGUUCGUCGUUUCUAUUACGAUUGGAAAACUGACGGAUGUCACGAGAUUCUCUAUACUGGGAUUGGUGGGAACCAAAACAGUUUCUUGACUUAUGAGAAAUGUGAAACAUCAUGUAGAGGUGCUGGAGAACCUCCGAAGGCUUUACAGAAUUCUAUUAAAUAUCCCAAAGACAAAGUUGAUAAAGGUGGACGGAAAAUCGAAAAGGAAAAGAAAAUACUCAAUGGGUUCAUGGAGAAAACAACGAGUACUCCUCUGGUUCAUGGCACAUAUACAACUUCACCAGUCAAACCUAUUUCUAUCGAUAACAGAAUGGAUAAGAUUGUGACUCUAGUUAAUAUUGUUCCAACUGCAUCGACGUCAACAACGAAGUUCUCAACUAAGAGAGCUUCGACGGCAGCCACCACAACAACUGCGAGAAGUACACAAACACCUCAAGCUACAUUUGCCCCCGUUGUUGUUUCGGAACCACAAGAUUCCGGAAAUCCUUGUGAUGAAAUUCCUGACCCAGGAAGGAGCGGCGGAAUCGCCAAGCAAAUGUGGUAUUACGACUCUACAGGAUUAUCAUGUGUCCAGUUCACGUAUAUGGGCUCAGGAGGAAAUUCGAAUAGGUUCCAAACAGCUAAAGACUGUAUUCGAGUUUGUGGAAUAGGUAAGCCUAGUCGCAAAGCCUGUGAGCUGCCGCCUGCAAUAGGAAAUGGAACAUAUAAGGUCCCUCGAUACUAUUUUGACAAAUCAUCUAGACAAUGUGAACUGUUCUACUAUUCUGGAGAUAAUGGAAAUGACAAUCGAUUCUACAAAAAACACAAGUGUGAACGGCUGUGUUUAGGAAAGUCACAAAAGAAAAAGGAACAUACAACCGUUUCGCCCAAAUCUCCUGCCACCCAGCCGACUAGACCACCAGAGCGUAUUGUUCAGAACCUGGUUGCAGCUCAAACGCAAAGUCCAAUCGUUCACGUUUUCGAAAAAUUAUCGAAGGAAACGACACCUCUUCCACAGUUUCUCUUCACUACGGAAGGAUAUGUCGCUACUCCAGAAACCCACCCGACUCUUGUAUAUGUUACCGGAGAUUUCAAUCAUCCCUCGGCAACUGUGCAGCCUAUCCCUGCUGAAAUCGAAGAACAACGCUUACCAGACAUUGAUAACAUAUUCUCAAGCCUCAUGUCGGGCCCAAUGAAGCCGAAGAAUGUUCUUCCAUCAGUGAUACCUGUUGCUUCUACUAACGUAAGAUCAGAAGUUGAAAGUCAUGUUAAUUCAGAAAAUCAUCAACCUGGAAUAUCACCAUCUGCAUUCGUCUCAGCUAUUAAUCUGCCCACCAAAUAUAACUCGAAGCACGUAUUCGAAGUUCCUCAGAUAAUUGAGAAGCCGUCAACGUUAAGUCCACCUGUACCUAUCCAAGUUUCUGUGAACGGGCCGACUUACGCCAACAGCUGGUCAUUUUCGAACAAUAUGCCUGGAAUGCUUCCACCUCCAGAAGUUUCUCCCGAAAACUCUCAUGUACCAUCUACUCCUUCAUCACAUUUACCAGUAACAUCGCCAGAUGUACAUGUACCCCAAGUUGUUCCUCUGCCCACACCUCCAGUAGUUAUACCCAGAGCUGAAGUUAUUUCACAGCCGGGAAGCCUCACAUUCAGUUCGCAACCAACUCUUACUAACCUUGCCAACAAAAAUGUUGUUCAUCCUGCCCAAGUUGAAAUACAACCAUACAGCUCUCAAACAGUUCAGCAACUGCCAGGAUCCAGCCCUAUUGAGUCAGGAGUUCUACAACAAUCGUUGCAGUCCAUAAUAUCCCAGAUGUCCUCAUCUCAAAUAAAACCAACUUUUGAAUUGGAUCCACAUACACAUGUGAGCUCUUCUAAUAUUCCACAGGAACAUUUACCAGUUCUUCCACCUGUGCACUCUCAAAACGUAUAUCCGGCUCCUGUUAAUCCCUCAGUCAGCUAUGCAAAUGUGCCGUCUAUAACAUCAUCAGUUGUUGCUCCAGUAUCUCCAAUCAGUUAUCAGUCUAUCAAUUCUCCAGUUCCCCAAAUACUGCCGGAGUUUACUUUCAACAGUUCGCAAUAUAUACCAACUUUGCAAACACUACCCUCUGGUGUUCCAAAUGUUCCUGAUGAUAGAAAGAAUGUUCUACCACAGAUAAUACUUAUGGAGAAGGCUUCAGUAUCUGCUUGGGCUAAUUCAGGAAAUGCUGCAAUUCCUGGAAAUAAUGGGCAAACGCACCAGUCACAGACCGGCGGACAACCUAUCGUUCAAAUAUCACAACCGUCUUUGAACAUUUCUGAGCUUAUCAGCCAAAGCCAAAUUUACGGGAUCCCUACUCCCUCCCCUAGUUCUACUCAAGAAUUCGUUAUGCCCCAAGGUGGCUAUCCCAGUGCAUUCAGCCUACCCACUGUUUUCAACCUGACGUAUGGUGUGUCGAGCAACCACAACUCACCUUGUCGUAUUCCAAUAACUGGAGAUCCUGUUAUUCUUUGUGAAAACCAACCUGGAGUUUGUCCUGGUGGAACAUUUUGUCAGAUCGGUGAAGGACAGAGCAUGUGCUGUCCAGUUUUGGGCGAUAACCCAUGCUCUCAGUCUACUGAUCCCGGUUUUGGCCAGUCUAAACUUCUUAGAUGGUCUUAUGAUUUGACAACUUCAUUAUGCAUACCGUUUGUAUUCGGUGGUUUCCAGGGAAAUCAGAAUAACUUCAUGAAAUACAAUGAAUGUGUGAUGGCUUGUCACGCCAAAUCGAUAUGUUCUUCCAAUCUAGAACCGGUGCUACCAGCAAAUGCUAACGAAUCAUGCUCAGCUCAGAAUCCCUGCCCAGAGGGUUCAAUGUGUCAUUCUGAUUCUAGUUAUGGAGUUUGUUGUCCAACGGUCAACCAUAUGCCUGAACCCGAUAAAAGUGACAGAAAAACUGGUGGAGGUACAAUUUCUUUCUCAUUCAAUUCAGAUCAAUUUCUAACUUAUCACAUAGCACGGUUGCAUUCCCCAAUACAAAUAUUUCUCUUAUUGAAAUGUGAACACUAUUUUUCUUCAGAUCCUUGCAAACAGUCAAUAGACGAAGGGUUUGGGCUAGAAUCCCAUCAACGAUGGGCUUUCAGCGCAGCCAACAAUACUUGUCUUCCUUUCAUAUUCAAAGGUAAAGCAGGAAACAACAACAAUUUCAUAACCAGGAGUGAUUGCCAAGCUGUGUGCAAAGCACCCGAUCGUAUGCCAGCGAAGUGUUUACUGCCACCAAAAAGUGGAGAAGGUGUCCAAUAUCUUACCAAAUACUUCUACUCACCGGAAUAUCGUCAAUGUUUGAGCUUUAUAUAUUCCGGAGAAAAUGGAAAUGAAAAUAACUUUGAAACGCAAAUUGACUGCUUGGAAACGUGCAUAGCUAACGGAGUGAAAUUCAGCUCUCUGGGAACUACGGCAACACCGUAUAAGUAUACAUUCUCUAAAAAACCAAUGUGUCCACAAGGAAAUGUUCUGAUGGAUAAGAAUAGUCAACCAGUCCGUUGUGAAGCCGCUCAAAAUCUAUAUUGUCCUUCUGAUUACAUCUGUAGCAACUCAGGAUCGGAAUCGUUUUGUUGUCCAGCACCGGAAUCAUUCUGCUUGCAAAACAGACCUGCUCUCUCGGUUUGCUCCGGUGGUAUCCCCGUUCGUGAAAUACGUUUCACCUAUGAUCCAAUGGCUGAUAAAUGUGUUCGUUUCACAUACGAGAACUGCGUCGGAUCCAUUAGCUCACUGAAUAGUUUCAAUUCACAGCCUCAAUGCAUGAAACUAUGCUGUCAUCAGGGUUUCAAUCUUGUUUACAAAAGGAAAUUACUUAAGCGUAUGAUGAAUGAUGAUCCUCUAUAA